AUGAGUGCAACUCCACACCCGUUCAUAUAUUCAAUUGACCCUGAACCUGAGAGGACAUUUAGAGUUAGGAGAAGAGCCCAGAUAGCACAUAGGCAAAUUCCACUUCUAGAAAUUGAAGAAAUGGAGGAUUUAGGAAGUGUAAAUGGGAAUGAUGGGGUAGGAGGACCUGCAAGGAUAAGGGAACCACCUGUUAUAAAUGAUAAUGAUAGGUCCAUGAUGGACUUCAUCAUACCUGUGUUGGAUGAGUUAGAUCCAAGCAUCGCCCAACCUGUGAAUGGAGUGCCCUUCAAAUUAGAACCGGUGAUGUUCACCAUGCUUCAAAACAUGGGGCAGUUUCAUGGGUUGUUGAUGGAAGACCCACACAAGCACCUUAGAAAUUUCAUAGAAGUGGCCAACACUUUUAGGAAUCCUAACAUCUCGGAUGAUGUGUUAAGAUUGAAGCUCUUCCCUCAUUCACUGGCUGACAAAGCCAAAGAAUGGUUGAACUCCCUUCCAUCCAACUCUAUAACCAAUUGGCACACCCUUGCUGAGAAAUUCAUUAUGAAAUUUUUCCCCUCUAAUAAGAUAGUGCAAACUAGAGGUGAUAUUGCUAACUUCAUGCAGAGGGAUGGAGAGACACUAGUGGAUGUGUGGGAGAGGUACAAGAACCUUCUUAAGCAAUGCCCAAAUCAUGGUUUGCCCUCUUGGGCAGUGUUACAAACCCUGUACAAUGGCCUAAAUACUCAAAACAGGGCCUUGGCAGAUUCUGCUGCUAAUGGCAUGUUUAUGACUAUGUCCUUUAACCAAGCCCAUGAGUUGUUAGAACAAAUGACUCAAAAUUAUGCCCAAUGGCCUGAAGAGAGAAAUCAGCCAAGGAGAGUGGCUGGUUUACAUGAGAUAGACCCUGUAACAGCUCUUUCAGCCAAGUUUGAUGCACUGUCCAAUUUAGUGAGAACCCAAGGACAAACCAUUGAGGCAAGAUUAUCCCAAUCCCAAGUUCCUGCACCUCAAAUACCUGUGACCCAACCUCAAGUUAAUGCAAUAAACACAAGUGUAACUUGUGUUUGCUGUGGUGGGCCCCAUUUGUAUGAUAGCUGCCCAUCCAACCCAGAAUCUGUGUUUUAUGUGGGAAACCAAAAUAGAAACCAAAAUAUUUUUCCCAAUAACUUUAACCAGGGAUGGAGGCAGAACCAACAGCCUCAAUAUUUUCAAGGGCAGGGGCAGCAAGCUGGUCCUUCUAAUGCCCAAACAAAAAUACCUUUUCCUACCCAGAAUUACCAACAAACUUCAAGGCAGCAAGCUGUUGUUCAACCUAGUGAGAUGCCUAUUGCUCCAUCCUCUUCUUUAGAAGCUUUGUUAAGGGAAUAUUUGGUUAAGAAUGAGACCAAGCAAAAUAGCUUGGAAGCUGUUGUGCAAAGUAUUCCAGCAUCCCUAAGGAACAUAGAAUCCCAACUAGGCCAUUUAGCAAACACUAUGAAUACCAGACCUCCUGGUACCUUGCCUAGUAACACUGAAGAGCCUAGGAGAAAUAAAGAGCAAUGCAAUAUGAUAGAGCUUAGAAAUGGCAGAUCUGUAAAUCAGCCAGAAGCUGUG